AUGUCAAAUCUUGCGAAACUUGACUUUGGGGCUCUUGACAUCUCGGAAAAGAAUUAUUUGCCUUGGGCUCUAGAUGUUGAAAUUCAUCUAAAUCCAGAAGGUCACAUUAAUGCUAUUAAAGAAGGAAAUACAUCAUCUGAUCAACAGAAGGCAAAGGUCAUGAUAUUCCUUCGUCGUUAUUUUCAUGAGGACCUUAAAAAUGAAUAUCUUACGCAUGACACAGUCACUAUGUACAAAAUCGUGGUUGUGGUUGUGUACAUGGCCGCAGUCGUGGUCGUGCCCAUAAUUAUGCUCGUGGUCUUUAUUUUGAUCAUAGUCACAAUGAAAAUCAUAGGAAUGUAUCUUUUCAACAGAAGUGGAAAGAUACUUGAAAAAGGUGGCCAGAGUAGCAAAAAUAAAGAAAAUAUUUGUUAUCGUUGUGGGAGAAAAGGUCAUUGGAGUCGUACUUUUCGUACACCAAAACACCUUGUUGAUCUUUAUAAAAAAUCACUAAAAAGUACAAAUACAAGGAUUGAGACACAUUUUGUCAAUGAGGAUGGUGAUCCCGAUUAUGGCAAUAUAGAUGUUACUCACUUAGAGAUUGGUGAUUUCUUUGUUGAUCCAGAUGGAAAAAUUGAUCACCUUAUUGGAGAUGGAAUUGUCAAGAAAUAG